AUGACUUUUAACGAUAACCGAAUAACUUAUAUAUACAAAAACCUUCCUAACAAAGACACGAUUACAAGCCCUAAUUUUGUUGUUGAAAUUGAGAAAAAGGAUCAGAAAGAAAAGUUAAAAAAAGAAGAAAGAGUCGCCAAACAAAACCAAGAAGAAAGCAAUACCCAAGACCCUUUGGUUAGUAAAACACUAGAAAAUUGUGGUGGUAAACCAAAACAUUGCCCAUUAACAGAAUAUCUAGAAAUAAAAGAAAGUAAAGGUAGAGGUAAACCAGAAUAUAUUUUUCGACACAAAAAAACUCCUACUGUCUUGUUAGUAGAAUGCAAGACGGAAACUGCCAACCAUCAAUCAGAGCAAUUAGACAAGCCUGCUUUAAAUAAUGUCGAUGGUUUAUUGUAUUAUGCUAAGUAUUUUAAGGAUGAAUUUGAUGUUUUGGGUUUAGCAAUUAGUGAAGAAUAUUUUCCUAUUGAGGCAAAACCUAAUCAGGAAAGUUUAGACAUUGAGAAAAUUAGGGAAAGUGCUGAUAAACUUCAUGAUAUUAUUUAUCAAGGAUUAGGUUUUACUGAAAAAGAAAAACCAUUUUUUAUUAGUGCUUGUUUAAUUGCUCUUAAGAAUGAAGAUUUUCGGAAUGAAUUUACUAAAAAAACCACUCCUAAAAGUCUUGUAUUGGCUUGUGAUGUUGUUGGUGAAUUUUAUCAUGAAUUUCUAAAAUACUCUACUGGUGACGGCAAAGGAUUAGGAAUAGUUCUAACUCCCUCCCAUAUUGCCAAUUUAUUUUGCGAGUUGGCUUUGAAAAUGUUAGGGCGAGAAAGAUUUAGUGAAGAAGACAAAAUAUUAGAUAUUUGUUGUGGAACAGGAGAUGGCAAAUCACAUAUUUAUCGUAAAGACUGCUUCGAUAAAGAAAUAGUAAAAAUAAUUGAAGAAAGUAAUUGUAAUAUAGGAAUUCUCAAUCCUCCUUAUUCUCAAAAAAAGAAAAAAGAAAGUGAAGGUAAAGCCGAAAUAGAAUUUAUUGAACAUUCUCUCAACUUACUAAAAAAGGGGGGCAUAGGAAUAGCCAUAGUGCCUUUAUCUGUUGCUAUUGGCACUAAGUUUAAAGAAGAGCGAGAAAGAAUUAUGAAAAGGCAUGCACUUGAAGCAGUAAUGACCAUGCCCAGUAAUUUGUUUGUGGGAAAUAAUAGCGGUAGUCAUACUUGUGUAAUGGUUUGGAGAGCUAAAGAAAGACAUAAUAAAGAAACCCGCUCAACCUGA